AUGGCCAGAACUCCAGCAGAAAUUAUUGAGGAUUACAGAAGUGAAUAUCUUGAUAUCAUCGGAUUUUAUGUUACCGUUGAUGGAUAUGAUGAAAAGCUUGAGUACAGUGAAACCAUGGAUCCAAUGCCUGAAAAGAUUCACCUUGUUCUUCCAGAAUACUGUACUUAUAACUUAGUUCUCAGAUACAGAGUCAAAAAGAGACCAAUUAAGAACCUCAGUUACUAUCAAGCGGUAAAGAAGGCUGGAAUUCCAAUUAAGACAAGAAAGAUGGACUUUGGUGACGUUGAACCAAAUGCGCCUGGUGAAUAUCAUACUGCCGUUUUUGUCCCAGAUACACUCCCCGGUGGAAUGUUUACUAGAGGAACUCACCCAGCAACCACUACAUUCCUGGAAGAGGAUGGAAAGACUAUUUUUGCAUUCAAUUGGUUCAUCGAGAUUGCCAAGAAAGAUGUCAAGCCUAGUGUUAAACUUGAUUAG